ACGAAGAACAAAGCAGACAUCUAGAUUGGCCAAAGCGCUUCUGUAUAAUCAAUGGGACUGCUCGCGGACUUACAUACCUCCAUCAAGAUUCACGACUAAGAAUCAUUCAUAGAGAUCUAAAAGCUAGCAACAUUUUAUUGGACACAAACUUGGAACCAAAGAUAUCAGAUUUUGGAAUAGCAAGAUCAUUUGGAGGGAAUGAGAUAGAAGCCAAGACAAACAAAAUAGUUGGAACCUAUGGCUACAUCUCACCAGAAUAUGCUGUACGGGGGCUCUACUCAGUGAAAUCCGAUGUAUUCAGCUUUGGUGUAUUGGUAUUGGAGAUUAUAACAGGGAAGAGGAAUACAAAUUUUUGUCAACCCGAGAGUGAUGACAACCUUCUUGGACAUGCAUGGAAGCUGCAUAAAGAAGGUAGGUCAAUGGAAAUAGUAGAGCCACAUCUAAGUGACACACCAACUCUUUCAACAUCUGAAGUGCUUAGGUCAAUUCAUGUGGCUCUAUUAUGUGUUCAGCAGCGUCCUGAAGACAGGCCAAACAUGUCUUCCGUCAUCCUAAUGUUGAAUAAUGAAGGUGUUUUGCCCCAACCUAAACAACCAGGUUUUUUCACAGAAGAAAACAACACUUGUUGUCGCAAUCAUUUAAUAUCAACAAAUGAAAUGACCAUUACUAGUUUACAGCCACGCUAGCACACAUCUGACUGUUUUUUUGCUGAUACUUUUUGGUCUAUUGUUGUCCCCAAUCUUAUGCUUUUAAUGCUUUGAUUUCUCAAAUGUAAAUACCUUUUCCGGG